AUGGAUCAGCCUGUCAUCACCCCCUCCGGUCCCAAGAAAGGUCGAAUGUUGUCACGGGACUGGAGUGCACUGGAUGAUUCACAACCUCAGGCGACGACAGCCACGGGACCAUCUGAGGCGCAAUCACCCGACGAACAAGGAGCAUCACAACCCUCAACCUCACAGCAAUUUGCGUCAACGCCUACAGUUCACGCGACGGCGACUACAUCAUCAACGACCGACGUGAGAGCGGCACUGGACAACAUCUCCUCCAUCAACUCGACCGGCGACAUUGUCAUGAUGGAGGUCGACGCUGAAAUGCCACGGAGAAACCCAACAGCAGUCGAUGACAAUGAUGGGGACUAUGCAGACGAUGAGUUGGCGGGAAGGAAGGAUGCUAGAGGCAGGAUCAGUGAAGGCGAGUACGGCGACGUCCUAGAGACAUCCUCAAUCACCGCGGAGAUGGUCGAAGACAUGAAGAACCUUCUUCCAGCUGUGUGUCAAAGGGGCGCUGACUACGCCGGCCCUUCGGAGACUCUGUUCGACAGACUGGUUCUAAACAUGGUCGAAGCUCAAAAGUGCCAUAACAUCCUGCUCAGAAACAAAUCCAUUCUGGUCAAGGUCACCAGGGACACAUGCAUGGUGCAUAGGAUGGCAAUGAGGAUGAUCUGUGACCUCGAGGGCGCCGAAGAGAUUGUGUUGCCGGUGACACGACAACGCCGCACACUCAAGGACAGAGCGAGAGUAGUAGCAGGGAAGUCGAAUCUACUGGACACUGACGCCCAAGACGAGAGGCGCGCCUUUGCGCAGCGAAUCAUUAGCAAGGCGCUGGACGACACGGAUCCUGUGAUGCGAGCGGGGCCAGGGUCGUUCGAGAAUGUGUUCCGAACCUUGAUGGCGGUCGUCCACUGCAAGUACUUUACGAUGCUGCGGGUCGUUCGCCUCACCGUCCACAAGCUCCGUCGAGAGUUGAGGACACAUAUCGAGGAGUAUAUCAGCACAUCCGCGAAAUUGGCGCCGUGGAAGCAUCCGACGACCCGAAGACACGCACAGUCUCUACUUUUCCCGGAAGAUAUCCCAGAACUGCCGAAGGGUGCGCAGGAUGACAGGAAGCGGCAAUAG